CACUGCGCCCUCCCCAACGAAACCACCACCAACACCAACACUAGCUGCUUUGUUCUCACCGGCGGCACUGUCGUCGUUGCUUCGCCGCCUUCCAUCGUUGUCGCGCCGACGUUCCUUCGCUGAUUCACGUACUGCGCGCUUCACUGCUUCCCCUCACUGCUUAAUUCACUGCCCUGCUCCAUUUUUAGCGCCGCCGCCCACGCCGCCUCCCACUCAGCCGCCCUCGUUCAUUGUCGUCUCCCCUCUCUUAGAUAUACUGUGGGAAAGAUCACCCCCAUACAAAGACGAGAAGUUCGAGCAUCUGAUUUUGGUCCACGUGCAAGAUUUUGGAUGGAUUUUCCUAAAGAAGGGUCGCAAUUAACACCCCCUCAUCAAUUUGAUGAUUUCAAAUGGAAAGAUUAUUGUCCGAUGGUUUUCAGAAAUUUGAGAGAGAUUUCAAAAUAGAUGCUGCUGACUACAUGAUGUCCAUCUGUGGAAAUGAUGCCCUGAGGGAAUUGUCAUCUCCUGGGAAAAGUGGUAGUGUCUUUUUCCUCACUCAAGAUGAUCGCUUCAUGAUUAAGACGCUGCGGAAAUCUGAAGUAAAGGUCCUUUUGCGGAUGCUUCCUGAAUAUCACCAUCAUGUGCGUACAUAUGAUAACACACUUAUUACCAAGUUUUUCGGCCUACAUAGGAUCAAACCUUCUAGUGGUCAAAAGAUACUUGGGAUGAUGGCAUGUUUACUUACCCACAAAGCCUUGUUCUUGUUCCACGUGGAGAUGAUAGCAGUGUUGUUGUGGGUUCUCAUAUUAGAGGCAGUAGAUUGCGUGCAGUUUCUGCUGCGGGUAAUGAAGAAGUCGAUUUGCUCCUUUCGGGCACAGCCAGGCUUCAAAUCCAGCUUGGAGUGAACAUGCCAGCAAGAGCGGAACGCACAACCGGGAUCACUAGAUUGUUGAUCUAUGACGAAUUUAAUUGCCUUUUAUUGGGAACGUUAAUUACGUUGUAAACUUUUGUGACAGGUAUUAUUUAUAAAUGUAUUCCCGGUAUUGGGAAGCGUCUACUUUCAAAGACGAUCAUGUCGGAAUUUCCAAUAAAAUAUUAA